AUGUCGGUGUAUCCCACGCCACAGGCGGCUACUGCCGCCCCUAGCCCCCCCCACACGGGCUUUGUGCCGCCAGGUGCACCGUCACCCCAGGCACCUACCAGCUCGGUAUACUCCGCAAACGCAGUUCCUUUUACCAAUCCCUUCGGUGGACCCUCCCGCCAGACGGGAUACAGCCACCCGCAGCAAUACAGCAGCACGACGUCGGUUCCCCAACAGUACCAGCAGCCACUGAGCUCCUACGCAGCUGUCACUACACAGGCGCCCGCCGCACCCGCUGUCACCGCUGCCUCUUCGCAGCAGCCGCAGAAACAUCAAACUGCCGGAUCUUUUCAGACCGCCAUGCCGACCUCGGCCUCCCUGCAAGGCGCGUCAGUCCUCACGCAGCCACAUGCACAGCCGCAACCUGCCGAGGAAGAAGAUGCGACGGCUUGCAUUCAGGAAAUCGCGCAUGCUUUCGUGUACCAAUACUACCUCAUGUUGCACGAGAACCCCGCCGACAUCUACCGCUUCUAUGACCAUGACUCUAAGCUGCACAGAAUUUCAGACAGCACGGCAGCUUCGCCCUCAGGCCCUUCGGGAGCAUCAGACGCAUACUGCGUGCGCGCAGUCGGCCUCCAAUCGAUUAUGCAUGCCUUCGCGGCGAUGGAUUUCGACAGAGCUACUUGCAAAAUUCGCAACAUCGAGGCGCAAGAGGUUCACGACGGGGGUAUCUUGGUGCUCAUUACAGGCUGCCUAAGGCACUCUGCCGACAAACCCGAACGAGAGUUCGUGCAGACUGUGCUGCUUGCAAAAAUGAAGCCUCCUCGCGCAGGAUGGUAUGUCCACACGGAGAUGUUCAUUUACUUGGAUGCAAUGGCAAGCGUUGCAGCCGAGCGAGCAGCGGCAGCAGCGAGAAAGGAGCAGCAGGAAGAGCUGCUUCAGCAGAGACAACGGCAGCUGGAGCGCCAGCAGCAACAGCAGCAACAACAACAGUUGGAAGCCCAGAGGAAGCAGGUCGAACAACAGCAACAGCAGCAACAUCAGCAGCAGCAGACGGAUGCUCCGAAGCACCGGCGAUCUCAGAGGCAGCAUGAGGGCGCCUCUCAGGGAAGCGUCGAUCUUCCUGCGAAGCGAGAGGCACGUCAGGAGUCGCCAGUGCCAGCCAAGUGCGCAGCAGACGAUCCUCAGCUUCACCCUGCCGAGAGUCUCAAGUGCUCAGGGGUGCAUGUUGCUCAGCAGACCUCCUCAGGCGUUUCCGCAGAAACUGGCGAGCAAGCAGGAGCUGUUCAUCUGAAGGCUCCCGAGAGAAUGCGCAACAAAUGGGUGAAACAAGACUUAGCCACGGAGCACAGCACUGAAGAGGCAUCACCUCACUGGCCAAAGCCUGGACAGAUGCCGCAGACGCCUUCCGAGAAGGAGACGCAUGCAAAGGGAGGCAGUGGUGGUGGUGGUGGCUCGAGCCGGCAACAGCAUAAUUACGAUCCGGAUAGCUUUGCCUUUAAGGUCUUGCAGAACGUGAGACCAGUGACUCAGCGCGGUUUCGCAGUUCCCGCAACUUCCAGCGCCGCUGCCGAGCGGACGAACGGCGAGGAGAAGGUGCACGGCAGAGGCGCGGGGGGGGCUUCCCAGAGCGAGCAACAGCAGCAGCAGCAGCUGCCGCAGCAGCAGCAGCAGCUGCCGCAGCCGGGCAAGCGCAUUAUCGUGCUGGCUGAGCUGUCGCCAGCCUUGAGCUCUGAGGAUAUCAAGAGGGCUGCCACGGAGGCGCUUGAAGGCGUCAACAAGGGAAUUUGUGUGGAUCUCCGCAAGCCACCUGCGGGGAAGACUUUUGGGUACAUUCUCGAGAUGGAUUCUGUGGCGAGUGCUCAGCUCCUUGUGGAGCGAGGUCUUGUCUUCAACGGCAAGCAGGGGGGGGGGCGGGGGGCAGGGCAUAGCCAGCGUGGUGUGUGGGAAGAUCGGAGAGCUGCUUGUGGCGAAUCACGGCGAGGCGGCAGGGGGGGAGGCAGUGGGGCUCAAGCUCCCGUCGGGCAGGAGCGGCUAGCCACUGCGGAGGACGGGGAGGAGGAGGCAGACAGCCAGUGGAUCGAUCCUGCAGCUAGGCGUCGGCUGCGCGUGCAAAGGGCAGGGGGAGCCGCCUCUGCUGGAGGCGGCGGCACCUUCAGGGGCAGAGGCGGCAGUGGGGGGUUUAGACGCAGCAGCGGAGCAAGGGGUGUGCAGGAGUAG